GUGAGGUGCAAUACAUAUCUAAGCGUGAGGUGAAUGUUUCGUUGUCAGUCCCGGAUUGAUACAGAGCGAUGAGGAUCAUUCUAACCAUUACAGUUCUAGCCUUGGCAGGUUUGGCAGUUGCCAGUGUAAGGAAACGACAGACCAACCAAUGCACAACUGCUGCUGACUGCACGUGCAGCGACGACAAAGUAGCCGAGUGUCACCAUGGGCACUGCACGUGUCAUCAUGACAGCGGUCAUCACCCGCGUGCACUUUGUCAUCAUGGCCACCUGUGUACUUGCCAAAACGGAGAGACUGGUCUUUGUGACCAACAUGGACACUGCCAUUGUAUUCAUGGGCGUGCACUUUGUCAUCAUGGCCACCUGUGUACUUGCCAAAACGGAGAGACUGGUAUUUGUGACCAACAUGGACACUGCCAUUGUAUUCAUGGGUGGGUUCGGUUUCUCUUCCUAUUUGUAUAAUACUAACAGUGAAGAUAACGAACGGUGAUUAAUUUCAUACAUCCCACAAAGAAUGCAACAUUAAGAGAAGGGCAAGUAAGGACCUCUGAACACACAGGAGGUGAGAUCAGGUGCCUAGGAGGAGUAAACAUUCCCUGUCAACCGGUCACACCCACCGUGAGCCCUAUAUCGUAUUUAGGUAAACGGAGUAAUCCUCAGUCAGAAUCAUGAUGUAAAUAACUGUCAAACAAUUCGUAUGAAACACGUCAGACAGCAUUCGACCGAAUGACAGAUUGUAUUUGCAAAUUAUAUCAAUAAAUUCAUACAAAAUAAUUGAGAGCUUGUAUCACUCUUUCGAUGGUGAAAUCAUACUUCAUAAGAUGUGUUUUAACACGCCAUUAAAUAAAAUUUUGGUGUAAUGAGCUACCUUAAUGAAGAAGCUGUCUGUGAUGUUAGAAAGGCUGGUCUUUAAUUUAUUGUGAGGAAUGGUCGCGUAAAGUGUCGAAGUCUGCUGUUAAUCUGGGAAGUUUCGUGAUUUCAAAUUUACUAAAAGUUCCUUGGAUUUUUUUUAUAAAGAAUCCACAGUGCCUGCUGCCCAAUCCUUAAUAUAUGUAUUGUGUAUUUAUAUAGAUGAGUGAAAUAUCUGUUUUCACUUUCGAUUUAUUAAAACGAGAAGCUCGGCAAUUCAGAACUGAUGAUGACUGCACAUGUGCCAAAAAAAAAGUGUGAUCAUGAACAUUUAAAAUAAAAUAUAAACACUAUACCGUUCAUAUACAAUAUCUAAGCAUGAAAAGGUGCAGUAUACGAUAAAUAGAAUAUUAAAUGACUCUCCCGGAGUGUCAACACGUGUGGAACGAAGUUCUGGGGACAAUCCGUAUCAUCCGCCCGAAAUUACCCGGGUCCCAACAGGGGCACCAAAGAGUCAAGUAUAUGCCUCUGCUCAGCAUAUGAUCAACAUAGAAUAUUUUUCAAGAAUAUGGGUCUUCCCUAAUCAUUGUGAUAUCCCUCCGCAUGAUGGUCGAAAUUGACAAUUUACGUAGAGUAACGAGUACGGUGCAGUUUAUUCCGUCCUCCUCGUAGACGAGCUCCCACACGUCUCUACGACAUUCUAGUAACAUUUAGCUUCCUACUUAUUACAAGUAAGUGCAACACUUUUAAGGAAAAUAGCAAGAGACGUACUAUAUAUCUUUUCUCACAAGACAUUUGCAAAUUCAAACAAGCAAAUAAAUUCCCCUGGGUUUUCAAAAUUCUGUAUUUCCCACACGUUUGUUUUUUUUUUUUGUUUUUUUUUUUUUUUUAAAUAUUUCCUAUGUAUGGAAUAUUGUACUAAAUUACAUGUCGAUAUAUUAAGUUAACGUUGUUCUAUAUUUUCUUUAUUUUUCAGAUAAACACUUAUCAUGAUGUUGGUGUCGUUCCUCUGUUUCUGAAUUCAAAAUAGUAAAUAAAUCAGAUAAAUUUGCA